GCGGAAUUCAGCGGAGAGAAUAUCAUUGCAUGCUCACGCGAUUCCAUAUCGAGACGUCAACCGCUCAUUUGAUCUCUUGGUCGAUACUACAUCAAAGGUCGCAUAGACCUGGAAAGUACCCGCAGACCGAGGGAAUUCCCCCCAAUCCCUAACAGUGUAGAUAAAGAUGAUAUGGUUGCCAAUAUGGCCUAAUCUCGUCCUGGUGGGGCCAGAACGACCAGCAGUGUUGCUUAUGCUCUCGCGAUAAGCGGAAAUUGGGGGUGGCCGGGUAGAUAUUAAUUUGUUUACUCUGAGUAUAUUUACUAAUUUAAUCGACCUGCCUUUUCGAGGUCUAGUCUAGUGUCCACUGCUGUAACCACAUCCAACGCCAACACGGAUUAGUUCUAUGCCCGACGCUCUCCGACGGGAUAACAGCGACAGACACCACCACUGAAUGGUACAAUGUUUAGACCUUGUCUACGGUUGUGGUCGGGGAGCUAAGUCGGCAGAUUUCUAUUUUCUAUUUUUUAUUUUUUAUUUCGUUUUUUCUUUUCCUCUCAUUAUUCGCAGUAUAGCACAAUAUGGCGGCCGCUAUAAAUGUCUCGCACGCUGCAUCGGCGCGCAGCCGAGUUCCUGAUACCUGACGACCCCUAAUCGUGACUAGAGGGCUCGACAAGAUGCAUUUUGCCUCCUCUGCCAGAGCUGUGGCACUAUUGGCCUCGCUCACCCAUGCGAUCCGACCUCCUCGGCCGGUCCCUCCCCCAGUCUCUGGACCGGUCUCGGCGCAGCUGUCGGCUGUUGGAGGACAGGCGACUUUUGAACAGCUGUUAGAUCACCACGACGCUUCAAAGGGAGUUUUCUCGCAACGAUACUGGUGGAGUACAGAGUAUUGGGGCGGUCCUGGCUCGCCGGUGGUUUUAUUUACACCUGGCGAAUCCGCAGCCGAUGGAUACGAAGGCUACCUCACGAACAACACUUUGACGGGAUUGUACGCACAGGAAAUCCAGGGCGCUGUCGUUUUGAUUGAGCACCGUUACUGGGGCGAAUCCUCACCGUAUGACCAGCUGACAGCGGAGACAUUGCAGCAUCUCACACUCGAGCAGUCUAUCUUAGAUUUGACCUACUUUGCCGAAAAUGUGAAUCUCGAAUUUGACACUACCAAUAGCAGCAAUGCCCAAGAUGCCCCGUGGGUACUAGUCGGUGGAUCGUACAGUGGUGCCUUGGCCGCCUGGACCGAAGCUGUCGCUCCAGGCACCUUCUGGGCAUAUCACGCGACCAGUGCGCCUGUGCAAGCUAUUUAUGACUUCUGGCAAUACUUCGAUCCUAUCCGGCACGGAAUGGCCCCAAACUGUAGUCGGGAUGUCUCGCUCGUGGCGAACCACGUUGAUAAUGUCGGGAAGAAUGGAUCGGCAACACAGCAACAGGCGCUGAAGGAGUUGUUCGGGCUUGGUGCUCUCGAACACUAUGAUGAUUUCGCCGCUGUGCUUCCUCUGGGACCAUGGGAGUGGCAAAGUAACACCUUCGUUACUGGCUACUCCAGAUUUUUCGCGUUCUGCGAUGCCGUUGAGAACGUCGAAGCUGGUGCAGCGGCUGUUCCUGGCCCAGAAGGUGUGGGCUUGCAAAAGGCUCUGACCGGCUAUGCCAAAUGGUUCAAAUCUACUAUCCUCCCGGGUUAUUGUGCAAAUUAUGGAUACUGGACGGACAAAAUGAGUGUUGCCUGCUUCGACACCCAUGACAAAUCCAGCCCCCUCUUCACAGAUACCUCCGUUAAGAAUGCGAUGGACCGCCAGUGGCAAUGGUUUCUGUGCAAUGAACCGUUCUUCUGGUGGCAGGACGGCGCCCCUGAAGGUGUCCCUACCAUCGUUCCACGUACGGUCGAUGCGGCAUACUGGCAACGUCAAUGCCCGCUCUUCUUCCCCGAAGUGAAUGGCUUUACCUACGGGAGCGCAAAGGGGAAGACAGCGGACACCGUCAAUGAUUGGACAGGUGGCUGGUCCGACACCAAUAACUCUACCCAUCUACUCUGGGUGAAUGGUCAAUACGAUCCCUGGCUCGAUUCAGGCGUCUCAUCUACCUACCGACCUGGUGGUCCGCUGAAGAGUACGGCAGAGGCGCCGGUGCUGGUCAUCCCUGGUUCAUUCCAUUGUUCUGACCUAAAUCUGAAGAAUUACUAUGCCAAUUCCGGGGUAAAACAGGUAGUCGACAGCGCAGUGGCUCAGAUCAAGUCAUGGGUCGAUGAGUACUACAAGUAGAAAGUUGUUUGGGGCAAGGGUUGAGGAGGUCAGAUGAAGUGUAUAUAAUACCAAUGCGUAACAUAUAUACAUUCAUGUUCACACACUAUCAGUUGAUGGGAAUUACAUAGAGUACAAGGAGAACAAAUGGAUUUACCAAGCACGGCUGGGUGAUGGGUCUGGACUGUUGCACUGGCGCAAUUAACGGGAAAUCAACCCAUGACACUCAACUACAGAUCAUUCUAGACCUCCAGGGGGAAACCAGCGUGAAAGAAAGAAAGAAAGAAAGAAAGAAAGUGGAGAUUGUGCCUCUCGGUAAAGGUGAAUGGAAUAGAUCUAUGGAC